AUGGCAACAACAGCAAAGAAUGUGUUGGUGAUACAGGAUGCAUCUAAAAUACUUAAUUUAAGAGCUUUUAAUUGGAUCAUAAAUGGCUUAGAACUUAAGCCAGGAGAUAUGGUUACCGUAGUUGCAAUCCUGCAUGAGGUUUAUACUCCUAUGGGGUACAAAAUCACUGUCAAUGAGGGGGUUUUGGCUGGAGCAAACCAGAGGAUCAUCGAUGAAGAACUUGCAAAGAAGAAGGGAGAGUAUCUGAACAAUGUGGAACUUGCUCAGAUUGCUCAACUCUAUGAAUCAAAUAAGGUUGCGUUUAAGAUAAAGUUGUUUAAAGGAUCUUCACUAAGAGAUGUGACCUUAGAAGUGGCCAAAAACAUAAAGGCAACUUGGGUGAUACUUGACAGGCAAAUGAAGAAAGAUGAGAAGUUUUUCCAGGAGCAGCUUUCUUGUGGUAUAUCUAUAUUAAGGUGUAACAAUCAGAUUGAACAACUAAGAGGACCUAUAGAUCUCCCAGAAGAAAUACAAUGUAGCAGCCAUGAAACAUAUGAUGGAAGUUUACCAAGUAUUCCAUAUAAAGAUCUUUUUGGCAUCGAUGUUUUCCCCAACAGUACAUCUAAUGAUGAGCACAACCAGAUACAAAGAAGUCCCUGUGAGGAAGAGGGUUGCUCGAAUAUUACUACAAACAUUAAUGAAAAAACAUGUCAGACAAGUUUGCAUCACCCGAGCAUGGAUGAAACAGAAAUAAAUAGUAACCAAAUGAUAGAUAAAAUAGAAAGAGAUGAGCAAUGCCAGGAUCAAGGACAAACGCAAAGCAUGCCCCAUGAGAUGGAGAGGGACACAACAACUGUGAUUGAAAAUGAUCAAACAACUCAAGAAAUAGCUGAUCAUUCGCACCAGGAUGAAGAAAAGACAACCAACUUCUUCCAUGAUGAGAAGUGGGAAUUGAUGAACCCAACAAAUGCAGAAGAAAUGAUUGAUCAAACAAAAGAUGAUCUGCUAAGCCAGAAUCAAGCACAGACAAUAAGCAUUUCCAAUGGGGUUAUAUUUGAUGGCGAGCAAGAGAAUAGUAUUUUGGAAAAUUCAAUGUGCACCUUCUGCUCUGUCUGCAAAACUGGACGGCCAAAUAUUGGACAGCAUAAGGAAUUCGCAUAUGAAGAACUCCAAGCAGCCACAGAUGCGUUUUCAUUGAAGAACUGUCUCUCCAAAAGUGGUCAACUAUUCACUUUCAAAGGCCAACUGGAGGGAGGUCUGAAACUAGUAGUUAAGCAGCAUGAAAUAAAAAACACUCAAUUAAGGGAAAAAAUGAAGUCAAAAGUCCAAACCAUCCUCAAAGCUAGACAUAAGAAUGUGAUCAUGCUACUGGGUUCAUCUACAUCAGAACAUUUCCUGCUGACUGUUUAUGAGUAUGCUUGCAACGGUUCACUUGACAAGUAUCUAUCAAAAGAAGGCUGCAGGCCAUUGACCUGGAUAGAAAGGGAAAGAGUGGCAAUAGGUCUUGCCAGAGGUCUCAAGUACCUACAUGACAAGAACAUUGUUCAUUGCAAUAUAAAACCAACUAGUAUUCUUCUAACACAUGACUUCAGACCACUGAUUGGAGAUUUUGGCUUCGGGAAAGAACUUGAAUUAAAUUCUUCCAAAAAUAAAAACAAAGGGAAUUAUGAAUAUAUAGCACCAGAAUGCCUGGAGAAGGGGAAAUUAUCGAAUAAGACAGAUAGUUGA